GCUGUAGGUUCGACUGCUCGACUCCGGCUUGAUCUGGUCAAGGGAUGGCAAACUCUAACAAACCCUCCACGGCCAUUGCGCACAUCUACAGGGGGACAUUUGUCCACGCGACCGAGCAGACAGCGCUGCAGAUCCUGGAAGAUGCGCUUCUGGGUGUGGAUACGGAGGGAAAGAUUGCAUUCAUUGGGAAAGGUGAAGAACUGGACAAACUGUCCCAGACCUUUGGAUUUAGCCUAUCUGAAGUCACUCAACUGGCACAACAUGAGUUCUUCAUGCCAGGGAUGGUGGACACUCACAUCCAUGCGCCCCAGUACAGCUAUGCUGGCACAGCUCUGGACAUGCCAUUACUGCAGUGGCUCAAUACAUACACCUUUCCGGUAGAAUCACGCUUCAAGGACUUGAAGUUUGCCCGAGAAGUUUACACUCAAGUAGUGAGGAGGACCUUGAGAAACGGAACAACCACUGCAUGUUAUUUUGCUACCAUUCAUACAGCUGCAUCUCUCCUGCUGGGUCAGAUUACAAAUGACUUUGGCCAGCGUGCCUUGGUGGGCAAAGUGUGUAUGGACAGGAACAAUUCUGUGAAACAUUAUAAAGAGACCAUUCAGGAGUCUCAAGAGGAAACCUGUCGGUUCAUUUCAGAGCUCUUGGACAAGAAGUAUCCUCUGGUGAAGCCUGUGGUGACUCCCCGCUUUGCUCUGUCCUGCACAGGAGCCUUGCUCGGACAGCUGGGAGAAAUCGCGAAGAAUAACAACCUGCACAUUCAGAGUCACAUCAGUGAAAAUAUGGAGGAAGUGAAGCUUGUUAAGGAGCUGUUCCCUGAAUCAGAGUCCUACACCGAUGUCUACCACAAAUACAACCUGCUCACUGACAAGACAGUGAUGGCCCAUGGCUGCCACCUCAGCGAUAAAGAGUUGACCUUGUUCAGAGAAACAGGAGCCUCUUUGUCUCACUGCCCCAACUCUAACAUCUCGUUGUGCAGUGGUGUGUUGAAUGUGUCUAAUGUCCUAAAACACAAAGUGAAGCUGGGGCUGGGAACAGACGUGGCAGGUGGCUACUCGGCUUCUAUGCUGGAUGCUGUGAGGAGAACUCUGGACACAAGCAAAUACUUGACCAUCCAGGACCCAGAACAUCACACACUUACCUUUGAGGAGGUAUUCAGGUUGGCCACGCUGGGAGGCAGCCAAGCCUUGUCCCUGGAUAACCAAACAGGAAACUUUGAAGUAGGCAAAGACUUUGAUGCCCUGCGGGUGAAUGUAGCAGCUCCUGGUGGACCCAUCGACCUGAUCCUGCAUGAGGGACCAAAGGUUCUGUUGGAAAAAUUCUUAAACUUGGGUGAUGACCGGAAUAUAAUGGAGGUGUAUGUGGCUGGAAGGAGGGUGGUACCAUUCACAGAGCAGACAGCAGAGUAAACCUUUGGAUCCUAAACUCCCCAGUUUGACAAAGGUGUUUAGAUUCUAACAUGAGUACAUGAGAGAGUAACAAUAUGUACUGCACGUGUACAAUCAGCUGGAAACACUGCUGUUCCAUUAUCUUUUGUCUCUAAAACAAAUAAGUGUGAAAUGAAUCAUCACUAUAAAUACUUGACUGUUAAAUCCAGAGGAUGGCAGAGGUGUGCUCAAAUUUACAUCUUUUACAUCUUGUAAUACAGUUACAGUGCUUUUAAAAGGAAAUAAGGGAAAGUUCUAUGAACAUUGCACUUUUUAUCUUACUGCAGUUUUAAAUUGUUUACCUAAAU